UGCUCCUGGGGGUGGGGGCUGGGCGCUAUUUAAAGAGGCGGAGGCUCCCCGGUGGGGACGGCCUGAGGCGGAGUGCACUCUGAGGGCGGAAGAGGUAAGGCGCCCCGCCUGCCGGGGCCUCAAAGGCGACUGACUCCUAGAGGCUGCGGCGGAGGGGAGAAGCCUGGUGGUACAUUCCAUGGCCCAGUGCCUCGGCCACUGGAAAAUCCCACAGGGGUAUAUCGAGUAGGGUACCGUGGGCUCCGCUGCAGAAAUGAUCACCCUUCCAAGAUGGCGGCUCCCGUAGAGACACUCCCAAGGGGACAGCCAUGUUCCUUGCCUGACAGUCGCUGCAGGAAAUUGGAAAGCCCGCCUCUCCUUCGACGCACACGCGCACGCACGCACGCACCGGCGCGGUGUAAGGGCACCAGGUGUAAUUGUGGGCGAGCGGCCGCUUCGGAGCUGACACUAAGCAUGUGCAGAUCAAGUCCAGAAGCGCCGGGGUCCCUCGAAGCAGUUUUCAGGACUUAAGGCUCUGGGACAUCCAGCACAGUGAGCCUCCCCUGGGCACUACCAGAAAAUAUUCGUGGGUGAACGUGGAGUGAUGACCAUGUGGACACUGUCUUUCCAGGGUUUCUUGGAGCCUCUGCAGAGUCUGGGGGCCAGGCUCCUUAGUGGAAACUGCAGGAUCUUCCUUCUGACUCCUGCUUGCCUCGCCCCAGCAGCUCCGGUUGAGUCCGCAGACGCCAGCUCAGCUUCCAGCUUGGGAAAGAGUGGGGUUGUCAGCAGGAGAGCCUGAGGGCUGAGGCCCAGCGUGAACAUGGCAGCUAAUGGGGACUCUCCCCCAUGGUACCCGGUCGUGGCUGCAGAGGGACGUGGCAGCUCAUGUGAGUGCUGACCAUGCUGCCUUGAACAGGAUUGUGUCGUUACAGGCUUCAGUGUCAUUUGAGGAUGUGACUGUGGACUUCAGCAGGGAGGAGUGGCAGCACUUGGAUCCUGCCCAGAGACGCCUGUACUGGGAUGUGACACUAGAGAACUACAGCCACCUGCUCUCAGUGGGGUACCAAGUUCCCAAGUCAGAGGCCGCCUUCAAGUUGGAGCAAGGAGAGGGGCCAUGGACGCUGGCGGGGGAAGCCCCACAUCAGAGCUGUUCAGGUGAGGCUAUUGAGAAAAUGCAGCAACAGGCAAUUCCUGGAGAAAUUUUCUUCCACUGUGAGAGAUUUGAUCAACCCAUAGGAGAAGAUUCAUUGUGUUCUAUUUUAGAAGCACUGUGGCAAGAUAAUGACCAGUUAGAGCAAUGUCAGGAAAACCAGAAUAACCUUUUAAGUCAUGUGAAAGUAUUGUUUAAGGAGAGGGGCUAUGAACAUAAAAACAUUGAAAAAAUAAUUCAUGUGACUACCAAGUUUGUUCCUUCAAUUAAAAGACUCCGUAACUGUGACACAAUUUUGAAGCAUACUUUAAACUUACAUAAUCAUAGUAGAAACAGUGCAACAAAGAACCUUGGCAAGAUUUUUGGAAAUGGUAACAAUUUCCCCCAUAGCCCUUCCUCUACUAAGAAUGAGAAUGCUAAGACAGGAGCAAAUUCCUGUGAACAUGAUCACUGUGAAAAACAUCUCAGCCACAAACAAGCUCUCACCCACCAUCAGAAAAUUCAUCCUGAGGAGAAGCUUUAUGUGUGUACUGAAUGUGUAACAGGCUUCACUCAGAAGUCACAUCUGUUUGAGCAUCAGAGAAUUCAUGCUGGAGAAAAGUCCCGUGAAUGUGACAAGAGCAACAAAGUCUUCCCCCAGAAACCCCAGGUUGAUGCACAUCUGAGUGUUUAUACAGCAGAAAAACCCUAUCUGUGUACUCAAUGUGGAAAAGUCUUUACCUUCAAAUCAAGCCUCGUUACACAUCAAAAAAUUCAUACCGGCCAGAAACCCUACAAAUGCAGUGAAUGUGGAAAAGCCUUUAUCCAGAGAUCAGACCUCUUUAGACAUCUGAGAAUUCAUACAGGAGAAAAACCUUAUGAAUGCAGUGAAUGUGGAAAAGGCUUCUCCCAGAACUCAGACCUCAGUAUACAUCAGAAAACUCAUACCGGAGAGAAACACUAUGAAUGCAAUGAAUGUGGGAAGGCUUUCACAAGAAAAUCAGCACUCAGGAUGCAUCAGAGAAUCCACACAGGAGAGAAACCUUAUGUAUGCGCUGACUGUGGGAAGGCCUUCAUCCAGAAAUCACAUUUCAACACACAUCAGAGAAUUCACACUGGAGAAAAGCCGUAUGAAUGCAGCGACUGCAGGAAAUCCUUCACUAAGAAGUCACAACUCCAUGUGCAUCAAAGAAUUCACACCGGAGAGAAACCCUAUAUAUGUACAGAAUGUGGAAAGGUCUUCACUCACAGGACAAACCUCACCACACAUCAGAAAACUCAUACUGGGGAGAAACCCUAUAUGUGUGCUGAAUGUGGAAAGGCUUUUACUGACCAGUCAAAUCUCAUUAAACACCAGAAAACUCACACUGGAGAGAAACCCUAUAAGUGCAAUGGCUGUGGAAAAGCCUUCAUAUGGAAGUCACGCCUCAAAAUACAUCAGAAAUCUCAUAUUGGAGAGAGACACUAUGAAUGCAAGGACUGCGGGAAAGCCUUUAUCCAGAAAUCAACACUAAGGGUGCAUCAGAGAAUCCAUACAGGAGAGAAACCCUACGUUUGUCCUGAAUGCGGGAAGGCCUUUAUCCAGAAAUCACACUUCAUUGCGCAUCAUAGAAUCCAUACUGGAGAGAAGCCUUAUGAAUGCAGCGACUGUGGGAAAUGCUUCACUAAGAAGUCACAACUCCGUGUGCAUCAGAAAAUCCACACAGGUGAGAAGCCCAAUAUAUGUGCUGAAUGUGGGAAGGCCUUCACUGACCGAUCAAAUCUUAUAACGCAUCAGAAAAUCCACACUAGGGAGAAACCCUAUAAAUGUGGUGACUGCGGGAAAACCUUCACCUGGAAGUCACGCCUCAAUAUACAUCAGAAGUCUCAUACUGGAGAAAGACACUAUGAAUGUAGUAAAUGUGGGAAAGCUUUCAUCCAGAAAGCCACACUAAGUAUGCAUCAGAUAAUUCAUACAGGAAAGAAACCUUAUGCUUGUACAGAAUGUCAGAAGGCCUUUACCGACAGAUCGAAUCUCAUUAAACACCAGAAAACGCAUAGUGGAGAAAAACGCUAUAAAGCCAGUGACUGAGAAAAUUUUCACCUGGAAAUCACAACUGGGUAUGCAUCAGGUAUCUAAUAGUAGGGACGAGGAAGGCCUGAUGCUGCAAUUGUUGUGCAGGGGGAAAUGGAUAUGAGAGACUGAGGCUUGAGUGAACUGAAGGCAAACAGAGCCAAGUAUCCUUCAGUCCACUGGAAAGACAAGUUCCUGCAUCACCACAGUGUAUAUGCAAUUCAACGCAUAGGAAGAACCUUUAUAGAAAGCAUUUGAGCGAUAGUCAUGUUUGGUGACAUGAUUCAUACAGACCUCUUGAGCUUCUGGAAAUAGUAGAAUUAAGACCCGAGGAGAUGACUUGUCAUCUCCUAUGCUUCACUUUUUGGAUAAAGAACUUUUUAAAUUCAGUACUGAUUAGUUCAGCAUAUCCGGGGACAUAAAAGUACUCACUACUGGGAAACACUUUUUCAAAUUUCUAGGUUGGGGAGAAGAGUUUUCAUUGUCCAAACACUGGCAGGGCACUGACAUCAAGGCAGGAAAUCUACUUGGGAAUGCAGAUAUCUGUUUUUGUGAUCAUUGGCACUUCAGUCACAGAAAAGAUUCCCAUGAAAAACUGUUUUUUCCCUUCCCUUGGGAAGUCCUCAUGGUAUAUGUAUUUUAAGUGCAACAGAAUUUUUAAAUUUAAAGGUAUAACUUUAUGAAUUGGGAAAUUAGGCCUAGCUCUAGCCUGUGUUACAGAAACAUAGUCAUUGAAUGAUACAGACAUAUAAAGGUAGUAGUUGUCUCAUUAUUAAUCCCCUGCUGGGAGAGCAGGUGAGUCAUACCCUAUAAGAGGUAUGCAUGCCUUCUAACCUGUUUCCCCAAAGCUGUCAUUUGCAUAAGCUGCAGGCCAUAGAUUCCUUAUCCCCUCAGUAACUGACCCUACAACAAUGGAACUGAUCCACAGCGCUCUAGAUUUUCAGGCUCACCCACCAACACCCCUGCUUUCCUUGGGAUUCCUGUUUGAAAAAGAAUGGUUGAAAAAUUAGGUUUCACUUCCUAAUAUUUUGUUUUUCUUCCUAUUUGGUUAAGGUAUAUUCAUUUCAUUUCCUACAUGCACAUUAAGGGUAGUUUUGUGUAGACUGCUAUGGGAUAAAGUCAUGUUGCAUUGCAAUUAGUUAUUCUAAAACAUAAUUACAGUUUAUCAUAGUUGAAUAACUGGAAGACUUCUCAAGAAAGAUCACUGCUCUUUUUUAACACUGAUAUAUAGACACUUUCUCAUUUUCCCUUAAAUUUUUUUUACAACACUCAUAAAAAGGAACUUUCUUUCUAGCAUGCAAUUGUAUUUUUAUUUUAUUUUAAAAUAUUUUUAUUAAACUGUAUAUAGAAAAUGCAUAUAUCAUAAACAUACAGCUCAAUGCAUUCUCAAAAAUGAACAUACUCAGGUCAAGAAACAGAACAUGACCACACCCCAGAAGCCUUCCCCACUUUCCCUUCCGGGCAAGCCCCCAAGGGUAUACACUACCGUGGCUUCUCACAGCGUAGAUUCAUUUUGCCUGUUUUGUAUUUUAUAUAAAUUGAGCCAAACAAUUAUAUAUCAUAUAAUUGAGCAAUAUACUCUUUGGCAUCUGUCUUCUGUCAUUCACAUUAUGUAUGUGAGAGUCAUCCAUAUGUUGCAUAUAGUUGUAGAUAAUUCAUUCUCAUUGUCAUGUUGUAUCCCAUUCUGUGAAUAUGCUGCAAUAUAAUUUAUCCAUUCUACUGUUUGUAGACAUUUGGGUUGUUUGCAGCAUGGGCUAUUAGGAAUUGUGCUGCUGUGUAUUGGUGAACAUAUGUGUGUAUUUCUGUUAGGUAUGUACCUAAGUGUAUCCAUAUGUUCAGCUAUAUGUUAUAAAACCAGUUUUCAAGUGGUUGUACCAAUGUACACUCCCAGCAACACAGUAUGCAAGUUCUAGUGCUCCACAUACUUGCCAACAUUUGGCAUUUUCCAUCUUUUUUACUAUAGCUAUUAGUGGUGGGCAUAUAGUGAUAUGUCAGUUUUCGUUUUUCGUUUUUUUUUUUCUUGUCCUCCAAACAGAUUUUCGUUUUUAUUUUCUUGUCCUCCAAACCAUUGUAGUAUCUCCCCAGGUUAGAUGAGUGAUGGCUGAGACCUGAGACCUAGGCCUGUUCCUCACAUGACUGUACCAUUUUACAUUCUAUCAAUGUAUGAGGGUUCCGGUUUCUUCACAUCCUUACCAACUUUUAUUAUUAUCAGUCUUUUUUAUUAUAGCUAUCCUAGUACAUGUGAAGUGAUAUUGUGAUUAUUAAUUUACAUUGCCCUAAUGAUUAAUAAUAUUGAUCAUCUUUUA